AUGUACAUGUGUACCGACGACUACAGAUUUGAGAGCACUCUCGGCAACGGAACGUUCGGAACCGUAUACCUGGUAAGAAGAAAGAAGGACUCGAAACCAUUCGUCAUAAAAGAACAAGAUUUAAACACAGUGAACUAUUCGUCAUCCAAGAUAGUGCUCGAGGAGGUGCAAUGCCUGCGCAAGAUGCGACAUCCGAAUAUAGUCUCUUAUCACGGAGCGUGGAUAGCGCACAAUCACAGUUACAUUCUUAUGGAAUACGCAACUAGAUGCACGCUGAAAGAUUUGCUAGAGAAACGAAAGUUGCCUCUCAAGGAGAAAGACGCUCUGUAUCUCUUUUCGCAAGUCACUCUGGGAGUACAUCACAUUCACUCAAAAAAGAUCCUUCACCGAGACUUAAAACCAGAGAACAUUAUGCUGACCGGUAGCCGCGGGGAUAUUGUUAAAAUCGGCGACUUCGGCGUCUCGAAGAGUCUUCAGAAGUAA